AAAAUAGCGAAAUUAUGACCAGCAGGGAAGUAUUGAGGAAGUGUAACAGUACUCGUAAAAAUUUAUCAAACGAGCACGACUUCGUUCUAGCGCUAACGGGUAACGCAACGCUCAAUGCUCUUGUCGAAAGAGGUUAUCUGGAGUUGAUGAUUUUCCAAAUUAGAGUCUACGCGCGCAUGUCACCUGACUCCAAAGUAUAUAUUGUGAAAGCUUACCGAGCAGCUGGUCUCAUAGUUGGUAUGUGUGGAGAUGGCGGCAACGACUGUGGCGCGCUUAGAGCAGCUCAUGCUGGAAUCGCUCUUAGUGAUGCAGAGGCGUCAAUGGUUUCACCCUUUACUUCAAAGGCCAAAACAUGCAGUUCUGCUGUCGAUUUGGUAAGGGAAGGAAGAGCAGCCCUACAUACGUCCUUCGCGGUGUACAAAUUUUUAAUCUGUUACGGGCAAUUAUUCUCAAUGGUUAAGCUCUGCAGCUUCUAUUACGGAGUUCUAAUGAGCUUGCUGGGGUAUAUUUUUGUUGACGCGGUAGCUGUUUUGACUUUGGGUUAUACAAUGACCAUGGGAGGGCCCAAGAACAUUCUCAAAAAGAAGAGACCUACCUCUAGUUUGCUGGGCUCUCAAAUGCUAGUUUCAGUAAUAGGGGUCAUAAUCAUCAACUUCUUUAUACUAAUUACCGUAGUUUUGUUAGUAACGAAUUCUAAAAACUACGUUCCAUGGCCUUCAGACUUGACUACUUCCAAGUACUGGUGGUACAUGAGCGAUAAUUGGGAGUCAACAGCGCUCUAUCUUGCCUUUUACUUGAAUUUUAUAACCUCAGCAUUAGUUUUUAGUUUCGGAAGUCAUUUUAGAAGUUUUGUGCUCAAGAACAUCUAUCUAGUACUCAACUGGCUAGUCCUGUUUGUGCUCACAAUCUUACUAGCGUUGCUUCCUCCUUCCUCCUUUACUGAUGCGUGGCACAUUGCGUCCCGAAAAACCAACUUUCCUGGGACCACCCAACCCGUCUGGCGUAGGUAUCAAGCCGAGGGCGGGAGUACUUCUCCAGCUAUGAGUUUUGCUCUUCGACUAGAAAUUGUUAUGAUCAUAGGUGUGGGAUUGAUAUGUUUAUGCUUCUGGCAAGCUUUGUUUGCAGAGGGUCCCGUCGCACAACUUGUUUAUAGAAGGUACAAGAAGUAAUUUCUUUUUUUUUGCCAGCUAUUCUUGC